UGAAAAACGUGAGAAAUUUGAUGACAAUAAAAGUACCAAACAUCCUUUUUUAGACAAAUGAAAUACUUAAUGAAAAUGUAUAGAUUUGGUUUUGAUUUAGAUAAGGUGUCGCACUUCAGCCAAUGUACAUGUAAUAGCCCUGAGACCCGCAUGUUUUUGGUUUUCCUAAUCUGACUCUCUCUCUCUCUCUCUCGCUUCAUCCUUUAUCUCCUCGUCCGCUUAGGUCUGGUAGCUGUUGCUAGGUAUUCAAGUUUAACCAGUCUUUACCGGUUUAGUUUUCUUUCCCUCCAGGCGAAGAGUUAAGCGUUAAUCUGCUUUCAACUAAAAUGGCGUUUAUUUCAAUCACAUUUUACUCUUGUUUGACAAAAAAAACGAAAAAGGAAAUACUUGGGCCCGUGCUUGGACCGUGGCACACGAAGUUUCCAAUUUGGUUCUUUCCGGAAAUUAGUUUUCUUUUUCUGAACUUAAUCUUAAUAAAUCUGUCAUUAGUUUGACGUUGUACAUUGUAUUUUUACUGUAGGUGCCAUCUAUAGCUAUUAUCUAUAUUAAAAGGCUUAGUAGACUUCUUCGGAAGCAGGAAAAUAUUGCAUCGCGCCUCAAAAAGUAAUUACUAAUUUUUCUUUCGACUUUCGCCUUAAAGCGCACGUACCGGAUACAACGGGCAUAAAAAUAUGUCAGGUCUUUGUUUGCAGAGGUCGUCUUUAGCAUAUGGUAGUCAGAGUUUUCGAGAGUUUUCCAAUUUGACAUAACGUGAUGUCUUCAGUUUGCUUGCAUAAACAGGAGAAAAGUCACGUCCUUCUCUUCGCAUCAUUACAAUUUGUUUUGUUUUAAACCAAAACAAAUUUAGAUUUGUAAUUUUGAUUAUGAGUGAUUAAAUCUGGGCACGAACGCAGUUUGUGUAUUCACUCGAUGAUUUCUGACUUCGGGCAGAAUCCUGUGGUGAACAGAUUGAAGAACUUAAUUGGAACAGAGAUCCUUUUGUGCGUGUGUUUAACUCUUUACUCCUUCACUUUUUAUCUUGUAGUUACGUGACAGGAUAGUGGUUUUUCAGACUCUCCAACUAGAGGCGUAGGAGAAGUGAAGGGUUAGGUAGUGAUUUUAAA